CCUCCAAUGCCCUGAGGUGCGCCGCGGUGGCGCGGACGAGCCCUUCUCCUCCGCCGUGCCCGCACCGGCAUCGGGCCAGAUGCACGAGGGGGAAGGCGGUGCCGUUUCUGUCACCGCAUACCCCGACAGCGGGAACGAGUCGCCGUAUUCGGAUCCGUCAACCUCAUCCGCCGUGGAAGUGCCAGCACUGGCGCCGGCACCGGGCCGGACGCUCGAGGAGUACAGCGGUGCGGUUGCUGUCACCGUCUAUACCGAGAUGAUGUUCAACGGCAGCAGCGGGGACAAGCCCUCCUCCUCCUCUGCCCCGCUGCCUUCCUCGCCCGAGGAGGAGAGCAGCGGUGAUGUUUCUGCCACCGCCUACCCCGAGGUGGUGUUGAACGGCAGCAGCAGGAACAAGGCAUCUUCAGUUCUGGCACCUUCAUCUGCGCCGACACUUGGCCGGAUAAAGGAAGAGAACAAAGUUGCAGUUUCUGGCACGGCCCCCUACCCUGAGGAGGUACCCCAGGGCAGCGGGAAUAACUUGUUCUCGGAUACAGUACCUUCAUCCGCGGUUGCAGUGCCCACGUCUUCGGCUCCUCUCACAUCCCUGUUCGCGGUGCAAGUGAAUGGUGCGGUGGCAGUGAUGGUUGAAGAGAACAAUGAUGGUGCCUUCUCCGUCACUGCCUUCCCCGAGGCACGCCAUGGGCCGUCCUCCCUUGCCCAAGCAGCGCCGGCACCGGUCCGGAUGCUCGAGGAGGACAAUGGUGCGGUUCCCGUCACCGCCUACCCUGAGGCGGGCCACGUCACCGUGAAGAACUUGUCUUCGCCUCCAUCGUCUGCGGCGCGGAGUCGGACGCUAGAGGAUUAUGCAAAGGAGUGGGCGGUGAGGAAGGGGGUGACGGGUGCCCCCCCGCACCACUGCGUUCUGCCAUUUCUCACCGCUGCGCCUAAGGCGGUUGAAUGUCGUGUGUGCUAUAAGGUCAUCCAUCCCUUGGAUGAAAUUAAAUGUUCGGUUAGCCGAUGCGAACAGUCCUUCCAUCUGACCUGUGUGGUGGAAGAUACUGCAAAUUUCACCGCAGAAAGCUUCAAAUGCCCUCAACAUGGUUGCAUGGUUUGUAAGCAAAAGAUGUUUUUUUGGCGAUGUGGACGUUGUACAGUUGCAGCACAUACAAAGUGUGCGCCAUGGCCACUAAUUCAUCUAAAAGAUGACCAAGGAAGCGCAAUUUGCUGGAGGCACCCUUCAAAUUGGCUCCUUCAAAAUGAGAAUGCUGACCUGACAAACAACAUAGAGGAAGCCUUCUGCCGACUACCUCUUCCUUAUGUAAAUGAAGAAUUCAAUAUUGAUUCAACGAUUCGAAAUUUCUCAGCGAUUGUUUGUAAACCGCCCGCAUACACACAUAUCAAGCGCAAUGUAUAUUUAGUAAAAAAGAAACGCGCUGACUCAAGUGCCGAGACGGGGUGCAGAAAUUGCAGAGCAGAUUCUGUUUGCAGAGAUGAUUGCGAAUGCAGGGGUCUCUCUAUGAGUUGUUCUAAGAGUUGCCGCUGCUCCGACCUGUGUACCAACAAGCCAUUCCGCAAGGAUAAGAAAUUUAAAAUUGUGAAGUCAGAAGGCUGUGGAUGGGGUGCUGUUGCAUUGGAGCCGUUGGAGAAAGGUGAUUUUAUAAUCGAGUAUGUUGGUGAAGUCAUCAACGAUGCAACAUGUGAGCAGCGGCUUUGGGAGAUGAAGCGGCGCGGCGACAAGAAUUUCUACAUGUGUGAAAUCAGCAAAGAUUGUACAAUAGAUGCGACAUUUAAAGGAAACACUUCACGUUUCCUAAACCAUAGUUGUGAUCCCAACUGUAAACUAGAAAAAUGGCAAGUCGAUGGCGAGAUUAGAGUCGGUGUUUUUGCCUCUCGUUCCAUUCAAGUUGGAGAACCAUUAACUUAUGACUACAGGUUUGUGCAUUUCGGGGAGAAGGUCAAGUGCAACUGCGGAGCGAAGAGCUGCCAGGGAUACCUGGGCAUCCAGCUAAAAAACCCUUCACAGGACGCUCUCGUAGCGGCUGCGCUCGCAUCCCCUUCGAGCCUCAAACCAGAGACCCACUUGUUACCUUGGACCAACUGUAUAGAGGUUCCUUUCAACCUGAGGAGCAAGACCAAGAUCGACCGGAUAUGCUGGGGACGCAAGCGCCAGCGCACGUCCAUCAUAGACCCAUCUCCAUCUACACCGGUUACUGAAUCUGCAUCUGCUUCCGUUCCAAAGGGCUUCUCAGCUGAACUGGCGUGAGCCCGAUCUGUAUAAUAAUCAUGACGAUACAUUAUUAGUUCAUUUGAGACGAUUCUUUCGUGUUUACUGAUUGUUUUCGCCCCAGAAGAGUCGAGUUUUCGCUGGUGUUGUAAGCUGUAACAUUGUUCAUUUUAUCCCAUAUUCAGUUCUUAAAGUUGAA